UACGCUGGCCUCCAACAGCAAAUCCAUGCGGUGGCUUUAAUGUCAGCGUCGCAUUGAUUCCCCGGAGUCAGAACAUACGGCGAGUCACAGCUCAUCAGGCGUUGACCCCGGCUUCAAACCACUGCAUCAAAGCACCAGGUGGACUUAAUGUUGUGGCUGGAAGUCAAUAAUAGAUUGUCUUUCAGGGAUUAUUGAUGCUUAAAAGUGACGGGUACCAGGAAGUGCCAGUUUUUUUAAAGCUGGUGCAAUGACUGCGUUAUAUCCUGCUUUCUCCUUUUGUAGAUGAGUGAGGCCACAUGACCGCCUCUGGUGAGGAGUGGCUGCGUGGUCCACGGGGAACACAUCAUCACUUUAGAACAGCACCAGAGACUUGGCACAAAAGACGCGUUCGCGGGCGCGAGCGAGGACUGCCUCUCGUUCCAGCAAAAGCGAACGUGCUCCGCACUUUGCGCACAAAGUAAAAUGACGCAGGUGCCACGAGAACGUGCAGCAGGAGUUGAGGGAAAGUUACUUUAGGUCGCAUGUGACCCGCGUUGCCUUCAGCAAAUUAACGGUGUGCUGAAGUGGAUCGGGGUCAUUACGCACCGGAGCCGAGCACAGAAUGCCUGACCAACACUUUAAUUGCGUGUUCUUUCCUAAUUGUUAUUUUCUGAGCAUCAUCUAAACGGUCGCAUAGAGCAAAGUUCUGCUGGUACUCCAGGAUUUUUUUUCGUUUUUUUGCAAAUUAUCCGGAAGGAACCAUGAACGUCUCCUUCUUCGACGUGACACAGGACGCGCUGUUCAACGGGAGUCACACCUUGGCCGGGACUCUGGCCACGUAUUCCGGCAACGACACCGACAACGUGGUGACCGGCGACGGCGGCGGCUCCCUGGUGCUUCAAGACGAGCGGAAACUCUUCGUGAUGCGGGUGGUGCAGAUCGCGGUGCUGUGCGUGCUGUCGCUCACCGUCGUGUUCGGCAUCUUUUUCCUCGGGUGCAACCUGAUGAUCAAGUCGGAGAGCAUGAUUAACUUUCUGGUGAAGGAUCGGAGACCGUCCAAAGACGUGGAGACGGUCAUGAUCGGGCUCAGCUGAGCACGGGGAGCGGCGAGCGCAGACGGGGACCCGGGAUGUGCGUUUGCAAGCGAAUGUCAAGAUCUGCAUCUGCGUGUCCUUAUCACAGACACUCACUCUGUGUCUGUCUGUGCAAAGACUUUAACAUUUCCCUCCGACAAUGGCCAGAGAAUGCUCGUCCGGAGACCAGUGUCUGCGCGUAAAGUGUGUGCGUAAAGAUGGGCUGUGUUUGCACGUGGAGCGGUCUGUUGCUGAAUUUACUGGGAGAAUUCGUUUAAAAUUGCCAGCUUGAACAAAGUGUCAAACAUGUUUACAGAAUGUUACCUCAUCUUUCCUUUUUUGUACAUUUGAAACUUGUCAAUGAAUGUUUUUUAAUCAGUUGAGACGCAUGAUAACGGAGUCUUCUACUUGCACGUGUGCUGUGCGGAGGUGAUGGACCUGUGGGCAUAUUCUGAACAUUUGCACGUUUUUCAGCAGCUUUACUGGGUGAUCCUGGUCGUGUAUGGCAUGCUCUCUAGUUGAUCUGUGAAACGAAUUAUGGACCCGUUUUGCACUUUUGAAAUCACUGAUGCUGCAUGAGUUGUUUUGUACCAAUAUACUUGAAAUUGCAGCAUGCAAUUAAAACAAUGAACUGUC